UCGACCCGAAUUACUCAUUAUUGCUGUGUGUUGUUUAUCAUUAACGAUUUUUCCGCUGCUCCCGUGUGUAUCGGUUCCACCUUAAAAUUUUCCGUGAAUUGAAAAUUUCGUAAUCCGACGAUCCGAAAGUGACGGACAAACGAACGAUGGAGGAUGAUCUUCCGACUGAGUUCGAUCUGAUUGUGAUCGGGACAGGUCUCUCGGAAUCUAUAGUAGCGGCUGCCGCUAGUCGAAUAGGGAAAACCGUGCUGCAUCUUGAUUGCAACGAGUACUAUGGGGGAUAUUGGGCUUCGUUUAAUUUGGAAAGCCUUCGGCAGUAUGCGCAGGAUUGCAGCGUUCCGAAAAGCUGCGAAAAGAAGAACACUGAUGAAAAGUUUGUUCCAAUGGUGAAAGCCACGUUCAUCGAAAAUGUUAGCGAAGAUUGGUUUAACUUCGAAGAGCGAGGUGCUGUUGGAGGGUGGAACAAGGAAAGUAUUCUGAAGGAGUUCAGGCGAUUCAAUGUUGAUUUGGUGCCGAAGUUGCUUUAUUCGCGGGGAGCCAUGGUGGAGCUGUUGAUAUCGUCGAAUAUCUGUCGGUAUGCGGAGUUUCGAGCCGUUGAUCGAGUGGCAACGAUCUGGAACGAACGGAUUAUGACGGUGCCGUGUUCUCGUUCGGAUGUAUUCACCAGCCGUGAUGUGAAUGUGGUCGAGAAACGGCUGCUGAUGAAGUUUUUGCAGAGUUGUGCUAGUUACGAAACUGAAGAUGGCACGCAUAAGACGGAGGACAUCGAAGGAAAAACUUUUCUGGAGUAUUUGAAGGGGCACAAAUUGACACCGAAUUUGAUUCAUUAUCUGUUGUAUACUAUUGCUAUGGGUAAUGAUACGACUAGUUGCCGAGCUGGUUUAGAAGGUGUUCGGAAGUUUCUACUCAGCUUGGGACGAUACGGUAAUAGUCCGUUUCUUUUUCCCAUGUACGGCUGUGGAGAGAUUCCACAGUGCUUCUGUCGAUUGUGUGCAGUUUUUGGUGGAAUUUAUUGUCUGAACAGAAAAGUGGAUGGUAUUAAUUUGACAACGCCAGCGGAAGGGGGCAAGCUUGCCUUUCAUAAUAUAAGUUGCGGUGGAAAAACGAUUCAAGCUGCUAGUCUAGUCAUAGGGCAGGGGUACGUUCGGGAGGAGGUGUUUGGAAACGAAAAACUUUCGGAAGCGAAGCCUUCAGGUCGAAAAUGCUGUGGUAGAAUGGCUCGAGCUAUAUUCCUUACCAACAUUCCAUUAGGGGGAGAAUCUCAGAAUACGGGCGGUGGCGGUGCUUCGCUUAUGAAACUUCCACCGGUGGAAGGACACGAGGAUGGGGCUACCAUUAUCCAGUUGGCACAUUUUAGUGGCACCUGUCCGAAGGACAUUUAUCUUAUCCAUGUUACGGCCCGGUCACUCACUGGCGAUCCUCGAGCAGAUUUAGAACCAUAUGUGACGCAAAUUCUCAGACCAGCAGCUCCGAAGCUGCAGCUAACCUCGGACGAAGGAGAAGUGUUCGAAAACAGCGCUGAAAGCGCUUCCACUAUUCUUUAUGAGCUGUAUUUCAACAUACCGGCUUGUGUGGCUUGUCAGCAGACAAGCGGCGGCUCCACUCCGCGGGGUAUUCAUCUAGCUUGCGGUCCGUUCCAUGAACUGGACUACGACGAGAGUAUAGCACGGGCGAAGCAGAUUUUCCUGGAAAUUUAUCCGGAGGAAGAUUUUCUGCCUCGAGCUCCGGAUCCAGAGGAGAUUAUCAUCGGUGAAGAAACCGAUGAAGCACAGGAAAUUACAGCCAGCGUGGACGAAUGCCACCAAGACACGGACAAGGUGGAAAGUGCCCUCGAGUGUCAGGAAAAUGAUUCGUCUUCCAGCGGGGCGGCAGCGGCGGCGGCGUUGCAGGCAGUGGAAACCGAAGCAGAAAACGUCAAACGGCUUUCGGAUGCCCAGGAGGCUAAGGAGGAUUCGGUGGAGAAUGCCGAAGAAUGCACCGAGCAAAAGUAAUGAAACCUUAUGUGUUAGGCUUUACGCUCAAAUCUUGCUUGCAUUUGCUUGUUUUGCGUAUAUUCUAAUCGUUAUUUAAUAGUCAUAUCCGUGUGUAACUGUAGCACUUCCGUUCUCUAAUAGUGGCAAUAAAUUAACUACUUCACAGCUUACGAUAAAUAAAUUUCCUGUUUUGCGCACUGCCAGCAACGGAUGGUAAUACAAAUAAA